AUGGAUAAUUACAAGUAUGCUCAAGUUUCUUGCAGCAUUGGCGUCCAUGAAGUAUUUCAGGGGGAUCUGGAACAGCUCAUCAUUGCUAGAAAUAACCAUCCCCGUCAUCAUGAAUAUCGGGCGCAGCUUCCUAGCUAUCAUCCCACGAAAGCCUCAGUACCUCUGAUAACCGCCGUUGUUUGUCUCAUGUCGUCCCCCCUUCCCUCUUCUCGAGGAAGAUAUACUGUCUCUGCUGCAAAAAAUAGUAAGGUACUUUUGUGUGGACAUCCACUGAGCCUUGUUGCAUUGCAUACCGGACCAGACCUUCCACGGUGA